AUGCAACCUUAUCAUCCAUUUUUUCCAAAUUAUCCACCUCCACCAAUACUUACACGUGAAUCAAUAAUAAAUGAAGGUUUAAAAAUAUUUGAACAACCAAAACAUGAUGAACAAUGGUUAAAAAAUUGGAUUGAAAGAAAAAAAGAAGAAAAACAAUUAUCUUCUAAUCGAAUCACAUUAUCUAAUUAUCGUCAAAAAUUAAUUCAACAUGCUCAUCUUCUUAAACAAUAUGAAAAUGCUUUAAAUAUUUCUAAUCAUGAAAUUUUAUCUGAAUUAAAAAAUAAAAUUGAACAAUCAAAUAAUUUUAUAUAUAAUUGUAAUAAUAUUCAAAAUAUUCAAAAACAAAUUCAUCAAAGAAAAUUAAAACGUUCUCGUCUUCGUCGUCAAAAAGAAAAACAAUUAAUUCCUAGAAAAACUAAUAUUAUCGAAGAACAAUCAAUAAAUGAAAAAACUUUAAUUGAAAAAAUUAAAGAUAUUAAUUCAAUACUUCAAACUAUUGAACAAUUAAAAAAAUUAAGAUAUACACGUCAAAAACGACAACAAAAUAAUAUCAAUACUAUUACAACAACUAAUAAUACAGAUAAUGAAUUAAUAGAAAUUCAAAAUAUAUGUAUUGAUAAAUUACAUGAAUAUAAAACUGAAAUAGAAAAACAAGCAAAAUCUUCUCAUAUAGAAUUAUAUAAUUAUCUUUUUAAUAAUAAUAAUCGAUCAUUUUAUGAAUCAACAAAUAUUGAUGCUCAAGAUUUUUUACGAGCUCAUCAAAAUAUAAAUAAUUUAGUGCAAAUUCGACAAACAUGGGAUCAAUAUUCAAGUACUCAUAUUAAUUCUUUAGAUAAUAUGAUUCCAUCUCAAUGGUAUGAACCACAAUUUCCUUGUGAUUCUAAUUGGGCUCGAUAUAUUUUCAAUAAAAAAGAAUAA